UAGCGACUAGUAUAUAAUUUAUUUGCUUUUAGAAAGCGGUUUGAAAACUAUUUUUACGCAAACAUGGAGUUGAAACCUCACGACAAUACUAAUAAUAAUGGUCAUAAUAAAACUAACCAAGUGACCACGAUCAAUACGCAGGAUGAGGGUGUAUGGAGGCGCCGACUACGCAGGGUGGCCAGGGUGAAACCGCACCUGGUGCUUAUAUUCAUUAUAUCUAUCGUGGGCUUUGCCUACCACUUUCACCUAUCAUUGUCACAGUACUGGGAUUAUAAGACUACGGUAUCCUUUGCUUAUGAAAUACCCGAUGACUACAAGUUUCAAUACCCGGGCCUAACGCUGUGUUUCCCCGAUAUUAUACCACAUUUCCGGAUGAUUGAGAUGUUCCCGGAGUAUGAGGAGGCCGUGGAGGGUAUCAGGAAUGAGUCGGUUAAGAGGGAUGACCCUAAUUAUUGGACUAAACCCGAGUCGGGCUCAGCUAAUAAGUAUAAGAUGCGAGGCAAAUAUCUGUACAAAUACUUUGAGGACAAAGUGGUGUCAAACCACACAAUACUAGAGCUGUUGAAAGACUUCACUUUCGGUCGCGAAGACGAGUGUCUCAUCGACGCCAAACCCGUCGCCACAGAUGGCUAUAAACUGGAUUACUGUCAACUGGUAGCCGAGCCCCUGGAGUCCAUUAACGGAGAGUACCGGUGCUUCACAUACAUGUCCCAACUGGACCUGGAGUUGACGGACGAGACCCGGGAUACGUUCAAAACGUCUAUAUUUUUAUCGCAAUCUAAUUACGAACAGCGGACUAAUAAAGUGGUUUACGUGAGCCAUGCGCUCAACCAGUCCCAGAGGCACCACCCAUUUGAAAAGGACUUCAGGGCCCGGGCUAUGAUACACCCGCCCAACGCGCUCCCGGUGCCCAACUUUUACCCGUCCAUCCCGUUGUACCAGUGGUCCCGGUUUUACGACAUAGAGUUUCAAAAGACGGUUACCCACGCCCUGGAGGCCCCGUACGCUACUAAUUGCUUCAUGUAUAAGACAGGUCUGGACCAAACCUACCAGUCCUACGACGACUGUUUCGCCAAAUGCGUGAUCGAUAAAUACCGGGAAACCUGCAAAUGCCUGCCCCGUAGUGGACUGCUAUACCGGCCCUCACUACUCCAGGGGAACGACACAUUUUGUCGCAAAAUCAACAAGUGCCAAUUCACAAACUACCGGCUCGAUUGCGAAAGUAAAUGCCAAAAGGACUGCGUUGAGGAACAGUACGAGUUUGAGAAGUUUGCGGACAUACCCUUCUAUGCCCACAACAACCUGACUGGCCUACAGGUGCGCCGUAAGCCGGCGUUGGAUAAGGUGUACAGACAUUCCCCUUCAGUUACGUUCAUUCAGUUGGUGUGCGAUUUCGGUGGGUUAGGGGGCCUAUGGCUGGGCUUUUCAGUCAUUACUAUCACUACGGCUAUCAUUGAACUGAUAUCCAAGCCGUUGGAGCGUAUGGUCGACUUGGAUGAGUAGGGGGUGGCUAUGAUUUAGCUGAACAUGGUGU